AUGGAAGCCCGGCCUCUCCUCCUCUUCCUCUGCCUCCUCCUGCCAGCUUCCCAGAGCCCUGUCCACUCUCCCCAGCUGUUGCUGGAAAUUCUUGGCCCGGACCUUGCAAUUCUGCUGUCCGGCCAUGAAGCGCUCGGCUCCUCGCCCCCACCCUCAGGUGGGCCCUUUCCCCCCAGGCCCCCAACUCUGCCCCCCGGGCACCCCUGGCUCCACCUCCUCCGGGAGCUUGCAAAGUCCCAGGCAAGGAAGCUCCGGGGCCGCUUUCGGAAAGGGGCUCAGCUGGGCUGCUUCGGCAUCAAGCUGGACCGGAUCGGUACCUUCAGCGGCCUCGGGUGCUGAGAGUAAGCCGGGCAGGGUGGGCAGCGGCCCUCGGCUUUGCAUGGGGGGCCCCCAGGGCCAGUCUUUGCGAAGGGGGGAGGGGCUGAGGCUUUGCUGGGCACCCCUGAACCAGCAGGAGCUGGGCCGGUCUAUCCGAUGCCCCCUGCCAACAUGGGAGGGGCCUGACAGCGGCCGAGCCUUCUUCAUACCCCAGAAUCCCCCUCCUGCGGGUCCUUCAUGCUCCAGCUGCACAGAACGCGGAUGCUCACGGCUGGGGGACCCCAAAACAAACGCCGUCCCAGCUGUGUGUCUUUUGUGCAGCCCCACUUCUGGCUCCUCAUGUGGGGGGGGGGAAUCCCCUAAUCCUGCCCUUCUCCAAGGAGAGGGCUCAAGCCAAGACCCCCUCCCGACCAGGACCAGCUCCAGAAAGUGGGCCCCGCUUUUGUUCUUUUUAAAGCAGAGCCGCCUUUGAACGCAGCUGGGCUCCUGGCGGCUCAGGGAACACGCCCAAGGAGUCGGUUCCACCGCUUGUGUGCGUGUGCACACGGGUGUGUUAAAACUGAAGGCGGCAAACAGGACUGUGGGAUGAUUUUUGCACCAAUAAAGGAGAGCAGCUGCAGCUCAGGGUUGAAACGAGGGCUCCUUGGCGUUCUCUGAGCUGGGCGGCUUCCUUGCAGACGUCGCACGACCCAUUUAGGGAACUUCAUCAAGAUUAGCACUGAUGAUGUUCCUUAGAUGGGUCAUGAAACGUCUACAAGCAAACCAACAAGCUCAAAGAGCGCCAAGGACCGCACAAUCUUCCUCCUCCUCCAUACAAGCCAUACUCCCUUCUAGCAUUGAUGAUGUUCCCUAGUUGGGUCGUGAAACGUUUGCAAGAACCCGACCCAGCCCAGAGACCCCCAGGCACCCCUCCCAAUAUUGUGUGACCUGACUUCUUGGGUUCCUUGACCCUUCCCCGCAGGCACCCCAAACAGAUGAAAGACGGAAACAAUUUGCUGCCAGCUUUCCUCCACAUUUUCUUCACUUCCUGGUUCUGGAUCCCUGGUGGGUGGGGCUGGGGUCUCAGCGGGCGACCCAAGGGAGUGCAGGCACACCGGGUGGAAAUUUGGCCGCGCUGAUCCAAAACCCUUCGGGAAAUGUCACCGACCGGCUUUUUCCCUUUCCAAAUUGUUCUCUUUCUUUUUUCCUUCCACAAAACAAUCCGUAUUUAUUUAUCCGUCCUGUAUUUAGUUAAGAGGCCGGUUCCGCUGGGCUCUGUGGGGCUCCCGAGUGCCGUCAAGAGACCCACGCACAACCUUGCAUCGUUCCGAGGGGGCCGACACGAGGAGCCAUGGGGCCGGGACCUAGAUUGCCACCGAUUGCCCUGUUCCUGUUUGUCGGUCCCAAGCUAGUGACGACGCCUUUCCGGGGCCGAGUGAUUUCAUCAAGACAAAAACCCAUCCUGGGUUUGCAAAGAUGCCUCGCCUGGCUGCUUCCCCUGCCAGG